AUGAUAAAUCAUUUGGACGACAAGGUUUCUAUGACAGCUCAGAUGGAUUAUGGGAAGUUUAAAAUUCUUCGUCUCGAUUGUGAUUUUUAUAAAAAACCUUGUAUAGAUCUUGCUAAAUCUCUUUUAGGAAAAACAUUAGUGCGUAACAUAGAUGGUUUAAGAAUUAGCGGUAAAAUUGUUGAAACUGAAGCAUAUCUUGGAAUCAUUGAUAAAGCUUCUCAUUCAUAUAAAAACAAGUUAACCUUAAGAAAUGAGCCAAUGUUUAUGUCCCCCGGAACGUGCUAUGUUUAUCAAAUAUAUGGAGUAUAUUAUUGUCUUAACAUAUCAUCUAUUGAAAAAGGAGCAGCAAUUUUAAUAAGAGCAUUAGAACCACUUGAAUGUAUAGAUUACCAACUAGAAUUAAGAUCUAAAAUGAAAAAAGGAAGAAAGAAAAUAACUAAACAGAUUCAUAUAAGUAAUGGGCCCUCUAAAUUAUGUCAAGCAAUGUAUAUUGAAAAAGAAGGCAUUAAUAAAGAAAAUUUGAUAUUUUCUGAUAAAAUAUGGAUAGAAGACAAUCAUAUUAUCAUAAAGAAUGAAGACAUUGUUUGUAGAACAAGAAUUGGAAUAACCUAUGCAGAAGAAUGGGCAAAUAAACUAUUGCGAUUUUAUAUAAAAGGGAAUAAAAAUAUAAGUGUAAAUUAAUUUUUUUUAUAUAUUGUUAAUUUAUUUUAUCAGUAAUCCUCAAUAAAAUAAUUAAACUUAUAAAUUGUUUACAUUAUAAUUUAUCUUAUUUUGAAAAUUGAUUUCAUAUUAUUCAAUAUAUUAACUUAUUAAUGGUAUAUAUAUAUCAUUUGUAGCCCAGCCCAUUGACUGGGUAAAAGAUUUGAGCCAAGACAGACAAAUUUUGCAAAAUAUUUUUAUGGGCCUCCAAAGUUUUGAAUGUUUUUAAAGCUGAUAAUUAGGCAAAUUUAUGUUGUUUUCCUUUAUAAAAAAUUA